GCUUCAUAUAAUUUUCUAUUCCUCAAAUCUUCUCCUUAGACUGCCAACCCAAUAUAGCCAUUGGAUCGAAUUCAGUUUGGAUUCGGUCUGAUGGUUUGGGAGUUCUAAUAAGUCUAAGAAGAGCAGGUACUUGAACAGUAGUAUAUCAGGAUGGACAAGGUGACGAGGUUGGCGUCUGAAAAGGGUGUGGUGAUUUUCACAAAGAGUUCUUGUUGCCUUUGCUAUGCAGUCAACAUUCUGUUUCAAGAACUUGGGGUGAGUCCUGUGGUUCAUGAGAUUGAUCAUGACCCUGAAGGCAGAGAAAUGGAGAAAGCUCUAUUCAGGUUAGGUUGUAAUGCUCCUGUCCCGGCUGUGUUCAUUGGAGGGAAGCUAAUGGGAUCCACCAAUGAAGUCAUGUCCCUCCACCUAAGUGGUUCACUCACUCAAUUGCUGAAACCUUAUCAGACUUUAUCUUGAAAUGAAACACAAAAACACUUCCUGAUACCUGCUGGAAGAAUAAACUGGCUUGAAUCAGUAGAGUAGGGAGCUUAGUACUGAUAUUCUAUGUAGUGCUAUAUGUCUAUGAAGUGUUUUUCCAGCAUUUGAUUAGCUAUAAUGUAAUCAGAUAAAUAUUCUUAAU